AUGCCGAACAUCUUUUCUCGUCCAGAACCGCCCGAGCCGUGGCCGACCGAUUUCAAAGAAGAUGGCGCGAUUCAUGGCGACCUUCCUUUGGUCGUGCCACGGCCCAAACGACAUUCCAACAAGGUCAUCAUUGUCGAGCGGGAGGGCGGCACCACCUUCUACGACUUCUACCGCGGCAAGGAUCCGAUCAGAUUCCGGAUCGAUACCAAGUACGAGUGGGUUCUGUUGUGCGCUCUCAAUCUCAUCAGCCAAAAGGCGCCCUAUCGUCUGACUUCCGGUGGUGUGCCUUUGGCACGCAUCAUUGCGCUCCACCACCCUUCAACCGAUCUUUCGAGGGACCAGGUCGACCACGCCGACCGAGAUACAACCAACGACUGCGAGGCGAAUCUACACUGGGUGACGUCCCAGUUCAAUUCUUUCAACGUCAAGCGAACCACUCCUACGCCAGCCACUGGCUUUUUCGGCGUCUCGAAAAACGGUCCAAGCUAUGCCGUUGAACAUCGAGAACGCUACAACGGUACCUACUCCAACGCCGAGACUGCGGGGCUUGUGUACAAUUUGCUCUGCCGAAUCAGCUAUGGCGUUCAACUGGACAAAACCCCGCAUCUUCUGAACCAGAUCGCGGACGAGGAGAAACGAGUCACGAAAAUCGAGUCUUUGAACGAUGGCGUCGAUAUCUACAAAGUCGAUGAUACUUUCAUCGUCAUUUACGAAGAAAUUGUGCGAUACUGCCUUCGUUCGCUGGCUGUCGCGAGGGAGGAAGCAAAAGGUCUGGUCGAGAAGGAGAAGAAGGAACGGCAAGAGGAAGAGGAAAAGUGGGCGAAGCGGAAAAGUUGGAUUCGCGUUGGUGCUCGCGAGAAAGGGGUGGCGGUAAUCGGCCUGCUCGCUAGUAAAGACGACGUUGUUGACGUGCUUCUGGACGAUGACGACUGGAAGAUGUUUUAUGCUAUGGACGCGACUUUGUCUCUCACGAGACACAAGCGGAUUGUCAUCCGGCUGGGGAAAAAGGUUGGCAAUCCUUUCUUAUCUCGGUUGCUCUGCAAAGCCGAGGUUCACGAAGUCGUUGAUCACGUCAACGGCAACAUCCACGACCACCGGCGCGCGAACCUCAAGAUUAUCGACCGCUCCGCCAACCGUCAAAAUUCUCGUCUUGCCCAUCGAAACGAAUGCGGAUACAUCGGCGUUAGGCAGCUCGCGUCGAAGAGUUACCGGACGUCCUGCAGUGUUCGAGGCGAGAACAGAACCGCGACAACGACGUUCCCAAGCCACGAGCUCGAAAAAGCGGUCGAGCUGUACGAUCUCACGUCGCUAUAUCAAUUCGGCGAAACCGCGCUCAUCAACCAUCCGGACAAGCUCGAGGAAUAUCUUGCGAUGCUGAAGCAAGAGGAGACGAUCGGACGAAUCGUGUCAUUCUUGAGCGCAAAAACAAAGAGCUCGCUGUAUCGCGGUGUGAGCUUUACGACUCAGAAAGGAAGGUGGCCGUGCUGGGUAGCUCUGGUGGAGUACGAAAAUCGCAAAACGGUCUCGCAAAUCUUCUCCGCUGGCGAAACAGGCACUGAAGUUCGAGCAGCGAUCUGUGCCGACCUGCUGCGGCUCACGCUGCAAUCGCGAGACAUGACGGUUAACUUCGAAAGGAUGCGGCCCUACUACCAUUUCGUGGUCGACAAUUCGAAAGAUUGGAGCAAAACGCCAGAGAGUCGUAAGGCCGUGGUCGAGCGAGCCUACAAAGCAAUCGGCGGCAAUCGAUUUGCAAAGUCGCUGGAAGUGAAUGACGGCGAUUCGGCAUCUACGUCGUAA